AAAGGAAUCAGUAGAAAACCAAACAAACAGCAAACAGACUGUUAUUAGCAAUCAACUUCCUCGUCUUUCCCCCCACAUCUCUCUCUCUCUCUCUCUCUCUCUAGAUCGCUUCUGUUCAUCUUCAAUCCACCUCCAAAGAUUCAAACGUCUGUACAGAGCACCUCUGCUUACAUUUAUCAGCACUGCUUUUUCCAUCAAUGGCUGCAUCCGUACAGUGUAGGAGCAUUGGGAUGGUGAUGAAGGAGGUGGACGAUGAUGUGGAAUUUUCCCUCGACUUGUGGAGCCACGAGAACAAGACCAGCCAAAAUUUUCUUCAGGAUCCAAAUGAUUUCAGUGAUCAAUUCGGAUCUAUGCGGGAGAACUCUUUGACGCAAGGUAUAACAUCAACAUUGCUUGAACAGAAGAGCGGUGCUGAUGAUUUCCUGACCUCCAAAAGUGAUAAAACAGAUUAUGAGUGGCUUCUUACAGCAUCUGGAAACCCAAUGUUUCCCUCAUUGGAGACAGAAAUGGAAAAAAUUGCAACGGGUGAGUUUGGUAUUUCGGGAAGUCAUCAUGCUGUUCCAGAGUCUGAGCUGGCUAAUCCCCCUGCAGAACCAGCUCCGAGUAAAAAUGAAGCAUCCAGUCAACCAGGUUUAUCCACUGGUUCAAACGCUUCCAUGGCUGCAAAUAAACGACCAUCUUCAACGGGGGGACUAAAAUCAGCUGCUUCUAGAUCUGCAACACCUUCUAGAUCUGCAACACCAACUGGGCGAUCCACAUUACCCGCCAAAACAAAGCCCUCAAGAGCUUCCACACCUACUUCAAGAGCCACAUUACCCACAACAGCAAAGCCAAGAGCUUCCACCCCUACUUCGCGAGCAACACAGCCUUUCAUUAAGCCUGUGUUCAGAUCUUCAACUCCAACCAGACCUAUGGCCCGCUCAUCUACACCAACUGCCAGACCCUCGGUACCAGCACUAGCAGCUUCCAAGCCCACAUCUAGAUCUACAACACCCACAUUGAAAAAUAGAGUAACAAAGUCGGGUGCCACAAAUUUGAAGACAUCAUUGCCAGAAAGGCCGGUUUCAGCUUCUAAGGGUAGACCAGUGGCACCUACACCUAGUGCUCGAUCGUCUUCAAGAGGACGGGUUUCAAAUGGUAUUGCAUACAUCAAUGGAAUACGUGUGGUUGCCAUGAGUAGAGCUGAUUCGACUUGCAAUGAUGAUGUGAGCCCUGUGGUAAUGGGCACUAAGAUGGUUGAAAGAGUGGUGAACAUGAGGAAACUAGCUCCGCCAAACCAAGAUGGCUGUACCUCUAAGAAGAAUAAUUCCUCAGAGAAGUCUCUGUCGUCCCAAGAAAAAUCUGGCUUCGGAAGAACGCUUUCAAGAUCAUCCCUAGACAUGGCUUUGAGGCAUAUGGAUAUAAGGCGAAGCAUUCCAGGUAAUCUAAGCCCUGUAGUAACAAACAUUUCGGACUCUUCUGUGUCCAGUGUGGGAUCAGGGUCCUCAAAAAGCAGGACAACAUGGGACUCUCCUCUUGCAACAAGUAGUAAUGCCAGUUCCGAGUCAAGCUUCAACAACAGCUCUAAUUGCUUGGGUGAGAGAGAAGUAGAAGACACUAAUCUUGGCAAUGAGAUCGGUCAUGAUUCGGGUAUAUAAACUCGCAUUUUGAUCCCAGACUACGUCCACUUGUCUUACUGUUGUGUGUAAGAUCAAGUAGGAAGAAAGGGAGAUGUAAUCUUCUCCACGAAAGAAACGGCCCCGGAGAGGUAUCUUAUGUUUUAGUAAAACCUGAUGGAAAGUUGUCUUUUCACUACAUUUUUUUCCAGGAUCCUUACUCGAUGUGGAGGAACCUCUGGUUCGCCUAUUGUAUUGUUCUCGUAACGUCAUAUAUUUGCUGCCGGACUGUGAUAUUCUCUCUCGCUACUCACAAGUUUUCGCAAUA